AUGGACCAGCCGCAGGCGCACGGUGGUCCCCGCUCCUACGCGGUGCCUGCCGUAGCCAGGUUCAUGGAGCGGGAAGCCGAUGCCGGCUGCCGGGUCGGGUCGGGCGUGUUUAAGGGCCCAGAGGCUGUGCCCACGUGCGACCUUGAAUUUGGCAGUGGCGAAGGCAGGCAGCGGGGCAUGGGGGCCCGGGGCCACGGGUUCCUGUAUGAGCGGUGCGUGCAGCCCUGCCUGGUCGAGCUGCUGGGCAGCACCCUCUUCGUCUUCAUCGGGUGCCUGUCAGUCAUCGAGCACCGGCCGGACACAGGGCCGCUGCAGCCCGCCCUGGCCCACGGGCUGACCCUGGGGCUCAUCAUCGCCACACUGGGGAACAUCAGCGGCGGACACUUCAACCCCGCGGUGUCCCUGGCAGCCGCGCUCAUCGGAGGCCUUGACCUGAUGAUGCUGCUACCCUACUGGGCCUCCCAGCUGUGCGGCGGGCUCAUUGGGGCCGCGCUGGCCAAGGCGGUGAGUCCUGAGGAGAGGUUCUGGAAUGCAUCGGGGGCAGCCUUUGUGACAGUCCAGGAGCCGGGGCAGCUGACAGGCGCAGUGGUGACGGAGGUCAUGCUGACCGCACUGCUGGCACUGGCCGUCUGCAUGGGAGCCAUUAACGAGAGCACGCAGGGCCCUCUGGCGCCAUUCUCCAUCGGAUACUCUGUCACCGUGGGCAUCCUGGCAGGGAGUGCCGUGUCUGGAGCCUGCAUGAACCCCGCCCGUGCCUUUGGACCUGCCGUGGUGGCCAACCGCUGGGACUUCCACUGGGUCUACUGGCUGGGGCCGCUCCUGGGCAGCCUGCUCGUGGGCGCGCUCACCAGGUUCUUCAUUGGAGAUAAGAAAACCCGUCUGAUCCUAAAGGGACGGUGA